AUGUUGCUCCCGAUGAUGCUGUUUUUGGUGAAAAUAACCACCGGUGGUCAGCAACAGUCUGUAAUUGAUUCAUCAUGCAGCGAAUACACAAUCCCGUUCUCAUUUCAAAGUGAUAAAACCGGAAAUCCAACUCUAUUAUGUACUUCACCUGUUUGUUUCGGCCAAAAAAGAUUAUACGAAUUGAAACGUGAUGACAUGAUUGCAGAAACCGAAACUGAAACGAAGAGCCCGCUCAACACGGAAAAUCCCAUUUAUAAAGCACAGUGUCAUAAAUACUAUCAGAACAUCAGUUGUGUCGGAGAAACACAGUGGACGGUUGCAUUGCUUCUUGAAAAUGACGGAAAUAUUGUUAAGGCGAAAUGGAAAUGCUGCAAUUACGAGGGUUUGCGACACGCCAGAGCAAUAAAGACAGUGAUUGUUAAAACUGAUGAAAGCUAUACAGGUGGAGAAGUAUAUCAAAAUAACCGCAGAGUUGCUUUUGAUCUGAUCAAGGAAGUAUAUCUCUUAUUCGAUGAACAACAAAGACCUCGCUACGAGCUGAAAAUAAUGCGCUUAGCAUGCAUUCCGAAACCGGUUGAUAUCAAAAAUAAAUUAUUAAUUGAUAAGAAUAGUGAGUCAAACUUAUCAGCAGUGGACGUUUCAUCAGAAUACGAUACCGAAGAAUAUGUUUUUACAAAUCAGCACCGCACAAAAUAUGCAAAACCAAGAAGACGAUCAACAAUUCUGGACGAUGAAAAUUUCGAUGAUUUAUUCUCACCCAGACAUCGAAUGGCCCAUCGGAGGAUGUUUUCGCUUCGUAGAAGACCUUUUUACAGACCUAUUGCUGAAGAUUACGACUACUACGACUACAAUCCUGUGAUUUUCAGGCACCCAUCUGUGCAUCGCAAGAUAAUUGCGGAUGCAUUAUGGCCGAUUAAUUUGGGUAUAAUGGGACGCAGUGGUCCUGUUGUAGCUGGAGCAGCAGUAUCUCCAACUUUUUAUGAAUUUACAUCACCGAAUGCAAUCGAGAGUGACUAUCACCAGUUUGUCGACAGUGAUAGCACAACGACUCCUGCCACUUCUGCCCAAGCCGAAGUCUACGGUCAACUAUCAGCUACUGUAGGUGAUCCUGUGAAUGAUUAUAAUAUGUUAACAAUCAACCAAUUCAAAUUGAAGUAUAGGUUCUCUUCAUCAUUGAACCCAGCAGUCGGGCAAUUGUUACCAACAUAUUCUAGUUUACAAUACCAGCCUCAAAGAGCUAUAAUACCAUCAGAGCCAAAAACUAUAGCUGCUGCACAGCACACUGUACCUACAUAUAGCGGCGGUAAUGUACCGUACUAUCAUGACUAUUUUGAAACGCUGCAGUGCUUUAGUGGAGAUACAACGGUGCAGACGCCUGAUCAGAUAAAACGGAUUGACGAAUUACAAAUUGGAGACCAAGUCUUAUCCAUCGAAGAAUCGCUGGUUUCUUACUCACCAGUGGUGUUGUUUUUGCAUCGAUCCGAUAAUGAAUCAACAAUUUUCAACAAAAUUAUUCUGGAAAACGGGAAUAUAAUAAAAUUAACUGAUUAUCAUUUAUUAUAUGUUACCGAUUGUAUAGAAGGAGAAAAUCUACGUUUAGUAUUUGCGAAGGAUGUUCGAUUAGGACACUGCCUACAUGUUGUUCGGGAACAAUCCAACGAUUUGGUGCCCGUUCAAGUAUCGAAUAUCCAGCGGUUAACUGGCAAAGGAUUUUAUGCACCUCUUACGGCAAACGGAGAUAUUAUCGUAAAUUCAAUACUGUCAUCCUGUCAUAGCAAUGUAGCGGUGCAAACCUUACAGCAGUCGAUAUUCAGUCUUUUACGAAAAUUCCGAUAUUUGAUCUCUACUGAUCAAAGCACAGAUGGCUUACUGCCAGGCAUUCAAUUUCUUACACAAAUUUCAGACCUCGUUUUGCCAUACAGCAUUGCUUAG